AUGCAUUACCGCCACCUACUGGACUUGAGUGAAUAUGAUCUGCAGAUCACUGAUAGGAACCAGGUUCUGCUGGUCAGUCACGUUAGGAGGUUGGGUCCUGCAGCAGCUCCUCCACCAGGACCUGUCUUACUCAUCCUGGAGUUCUGCUACCUCACAGUGAAUCUAAGCUUUGAGAACGAGCUGCUGAAUCUGACUGGAAGAGUUCUUCCUGCUGAGAGGAUCCUACAGGGAGCGAGAGCAUACGAGUACAACCCAUGUGACGCGGAUUGGUCUAAAGAGAUGCGAGGUCUUCCUCUGAUGACCAGCAUGCCUCUGGAGAUCUGGCUGCUGUCCCAUACGCGCCGUAACGCUGAUGUCGCUCACUCACUACUGCAGACCCUCAACAAAGUGCCCGUGGGCAUCCACCUUCAGAGGCCGGGAAUGAUGGAGUACGAUGAUCGACAGGAGGCUCUGCUGAGAGCUCUGCAGCAGAGAGUGGUGCAACAGGUUCAGAUGGUGGUUGUGAUCCUGUCAACCAACCGUAAGGAUAAAUACGAUUGCGUGAAGAAGUACCUGUGUGUGGACUGUCCCACUCCAAGCCAGUGUGUGGUGGCUCGCACCCUCAGCAGACCUCAGACCCUCAUGACCAUAGCCACAAAGAUCUCCUUGCAGAUGAACUGCAAGAUGGAAGGAGAGCCGUGGAGCGCCGAGAUCCCGGUACGGUUCUGUUCUUCAAGCACUGGGAGUUUUUCAAGUAACUGAAAUAUAUCCGGCAUUGGGAUUUCAACUACAACCAAAAUCAUCCUUUAAAAGCAUAUCUGACCUUGUAACUGAUCAACAGUGGCACCUCCUAACCCUGAUGUUAUUCUAUUAAAACAUUGUUUUAGUGACUUCUCCUGCUCUUUCAGUUGAAGCACCUGAUGAUGUUGGUAUCGACUGAUAACACGACAGUGCCGCAGAAAAGAGAUCCAUCCGUGCACUGGUGGCCAGCCUCAACCCGGGCAUGUCCAGGUACUUAAAGCAUGACUUGUGUGGACUCUGUAAACAGCUUUAAGAAGGGUUGUGUUUAAUGAACUAGAUUUUAGAUUUGAACUUUUCCACCAGUCUUCAGAAGAGAGGGCAUUACCCUUUCUGGUUUAUCGUAACUUUAGGAGAGAGAAAAAGUACAAUAUCAUUCCUUUUAAUGAUUAAAAUGUUAAAUUGUCAAAUUGCUGAGGUAUAAGGAAUAAAAAGCAUCAGAAAGACCUGUUUAGCUUCGU